UUUCUCUCUUCCCAUUGCAGUUGUCAUGGAAACUGUUCUGGUCUUCCUUUUUUCCCUCCUUGUCUAUGUGGCGGCUUCGUCUGACUCUGCUGCCCAAGAUGGAAAAGAGAAGGAAGUGGACCCAUUUGCGUAUGACUACGAGAGUUUGAGGAUCUGCGGUUUGGCGUUUGCUGUGGUGCUGUUCGCUCUCGGAAUGCUUCUUAUUCUCAGCCGCAGAUGCCGAUGCAGUCUCAAACAGAAGCCCAGGGCUCCAGGAGAUGAAGAAGCUCAAGCAGAGAACAUCAUUGUCUCCAAGGACAAGGAGACUCCUAAAGCAGAGAACUGAAACAUACCAGUAUUGUUGAACACAUAGCCGUGGCUGAACGACUUCACUGAUGCUGAGGAUGGUGAUGAUGAUGAUGAAGCUGAUUCCAGACCAUGGCUAUGAGAGGAGAGAGAGGAGACAGGGAUUUGUGGGGGGAGGAGACUAUAACUCGGAUUUUUAAUGGGCCAGUGUCUUGUAUGUAGACCUCUAGUCCUGUCACGUGAACAGUAACUGUAUUCGUCUUUCCGUCUGUGCCCUUUUGCAACAGUCCGUCUCGAGUGAGUUGUUUUAGCAAAACUAGCCACUUUCUGCAGAUUAUUCUUAACGUUUCUGGCUCCUCCCCCAACUGAACUUGUGCGUGUGGUUUAAAGGAACAGUUCACCCAAAAAUGUCAUUCCAAACCUGUAUGCAGUUAUAUUUUUUACGUUGAACACAAAAGGAAACAAAAGAUUGUCUAUGUAGCACUUGUUAUAUAAUGGCUAAAUCUUAAAAAAGGACAAAAAAACACCAUAGUUUUAAUUUUUGGAUGAACUGUGUCUUUAAUCAUUUUGUUUUAGCGUCUAAACAGUGAAUCACUUUUACUGUUAUUGGUGGUGUGACCACUUGUUAUUGUCAUUUGUGUCCCACCUGCUGUGUUUUUUUUUUCUUGUAGAUUGUAUAGAUUAUAAGCAGACAUAUUUAAAUACACUUAAGUAUUCAAUAUAAGUAUUAAUUCACAUCUGAUGCAGAAUAUAUAUUUGAAUAUACAGCGUGUGCAUGUGUGUUUGCCAUUGGAUAGAUACUGGCACCUUCCUCCGACAAUCUUUCCAUCAUUCUACACAUAUCAAGCACAAAAACAAAACAGUAAAACCACUGUACCACAAUGGGCGCCAUACCACUGUCCUCUGAUCAGCUGCAACACUGCCGGGCUCAGCGCCCUCAUUCGGACCCACAGUCUAAACAUCUGCGGCCUGAGAACGAGAGCGCAGGAGAAGAUCCCUUCACCAUAGUGCCGCUAACCUGUGUCUUUUACCUUUUCAUCACACGUCAUCUGUAGCUUAUGCAUUCUCUUUCUUAAAGGGAUAGUGCAGACAAAAAAUAAA